CCCUCCGCUCCCGCUCCCGCUGCCGCUGCCCCGCUCCCGCUCCCCUUCCCGCUGCUCCCUCCCCCUCCCCUCCGGCAGCGUCUGGCGCCGGGAGCGUCCCCGCUGCCGCUGCUGCUCCCGCAUGGAGCCGCCCGCCUGAGGGACGGCCCGCGGCCGCCCCGCCCUCGCCCAGGUGAUGCCGGUGACCGGGGUGACGAUGCCGCCGGCGAGGCGGUGGCGGCCGCUGCUGAUGGAGGAGGCGGAGGCGGCGGCGAUGAUGAUGGUGAUGGGCUCCGCUGCCCGGCCCUGCCCCUGAGCGUCGGGGAAGCGCCAGCGGCCGGCUCUCCUCCUCCCCCGAGACUGCCCGGCUCCCCCCGGCCGCCGCCUCCCCCACUCCGUCCUCGAUGUCUCCACCGCGGCGCGGAGCUCCCUUCGCCUCCUCCCCGCCCUCUCGCUCCUCGCCGCCGCCGUCUCCCUCCCGCCCCGCGGUCCGGCGGCCGCCGGACCCCGCCCGGCGGCGGCACCAUGAAGGUGGAAGCGGGGGACAACUCCAUGAUCAACCUGUCGGUGCAGCAAGUGCUGAGCCUGUGGGCUCACGGCACCGUCCUCCGCAGCCUCACGGAGAUGUGGUACUGGGUUUUCCUCUGGGCUCUCUUCUCCUCUCUCUUUGUCCAUGGUGCUGUGGGAGUAUUAAUGUUUGUGAUGCUGCAGAGGCAUAGGCAGGGGAGGCUGAUCUCUGUCAUUGUGGUCAGCAUUGGAUUUCUGGGUUCUGUAACUGGAGCAAUGAUAACCAGUGCUGCAGUAGCCGGAAUUUACAGAGUAGCAGGAAAGAAUAUGGCUCCCCUAGAAGCUCUUGUCUUUGGUGUUGGACAGACAGUACUGACAUUAAUUAUUUCGUUUUCAAGAAUUCUUGCAACGCUUUGAGACUUAUGUAGAAAGGGGGAGACAAAAAUCUUUAACCUGAAGAGAAGCUUCCUCAGAGUGGAUUCAUCCGCUUAUGGACUCGGAUUCUAGUGCGAGAGAAAGGAAGCGAUGUGGAAAGUGCACUGCAAAUCUCGAGGCUCAGUCAAAUGAACAGGCUGUCCUCUAGUGUUGGAACUGCAGAACUCCUGCACUGCGCCUUACGUGCCUCCGUCAUGGGCAAGGGGGGGAUCCCUGUGUGCCAAGUGGAGAUGGAGCACCUCGAGCAGCUGCCAGGCAGGUCCAUGCUUGGUGGUGGGAUCACUGUCCUGAACAUGUUGUCAUGAAACAGGGGGGCUGUCCUGAAAGUUGCUCUGUGUGCCAAACUUGGGGUUUAAUUCUGAGCAGGUGGCUGGGUAAGCUCUGGAAUGUAGAAGAAUUCUGUGAAUGUGCACAAUUCUCCUUGAAUUCAGGUGAAAUAGCAGAAUAACUGACUUUUGUGUAUUAGCAGAAUCUCUCUGAAUGCUGAAUAUUCUUGUUCAGUAUUCAAAACAACUGCUAGAUCUGUUUUAAAAUGUAGAUGAAUUUUGAUGGGGUUUAAGAACCACAGCUUUAACAACCCUAUAUAAUUAGCACUAUGUGAAGAAUGGCUCGUGGCAGUUUUCUUCUUUGGCACAUUUCUUUGUGAUUUUAGCACGUCAGAAAUCAGGAGUUUAAGGAGCCUGUAUGACGGUUACUAAGUACAAUCUGUUGUGUAUGCACAAACAAAUCUCAAAUCAAUGUUUUCCUCUAAAUUAUUUUGUCUUAAACAUGCAGAUGGUUACCAGCCCUUCUGCAAACCUCAGGAAGGGUACUCGUUGCAAAUAAACUCCCUAUAUUUAAUUAAGCACGGGUAGGACCCUUACCCCUACAUGUAUUCUGUAAGGAACAUGCAAAUAUAACAAACUCUCAGAGAACACACCUAUGGGGAAAAGGGAGAGGGGUAACAAUAUGAUGUGUUGGUUUUAUACUGAACAAAAAUACUAAGUUUAAUAAAAUAGUUACCAUACUCCAAAAAUUUGUAAGUGGGGCAGCACUAAUGUAUUUACUACCUUGUUUCUGAACACUUUGUAUCUUUGGAAAGGUUAAGAUACCUGGAACUUUCAAAGACUUAGCUUUCAGUAGUUUGUGCUUUUCUAGUUUAAAAGGGACAGAGUGGUGUUGUGCAUGUGAAGUGUCUUAAAUGUGAGUGUUUGAAGUAAAGAGAAAUUUUAAUUCUAAUGAACUAAUUAUUUAUGAAAUACAAAAUUUAAAGGGCAUAAAGUUUUGUGAAGAAUAAGGAAUCUUUUACAUCUUUUCUCAACUGAGUUCUUUUCAGCAGUUGUCUCUUAAUGCUUGACAGGGGGAGUAAAUCACUCAAAGGUUUUGCUGUUACAAUGUCAAAAAGACGUUCGGGACUGUUGCAAACACUGGCACCUACUGCACAGCUAAAAGAAUAUGUUUAAAAUAUAACUUGCAAUCCAGUCAUUGCUUAGUGCUUCAAAAUAUAAUGAAUUAACCUGUCUGCCUUUACCUUAUUCCGCAUACAUUUCCUUAAAGUACUAAGAAUGCUAGUAUUAUCUGUUUUCUUUAAAAGCAUCAAAGUCUUGUUUGGAAAAUGUACAAAGUUAUGGGCUUUGCAGGGAACAAGUUGAAAUACAGGUUUAUAAACAUUUUCAGUGUUAUUUUUACUUUUAAUUGCUUUAAAAAUGUGGCUGAAUACAUAUGCUCUCACUGGUUUUGAAUGUCUUCAAAAACUUUUUUUUUGUGGUUUGUUUUUGUGUCUUGUGUCUUUUACUUUCUGCUUAUACUUUUUGGCACACAACCAUUGCACUUUAGUUGACAAUGAAAUUAUGGUAUCUGUAAAAAGCAAUUGAAACUCCUCUCCAUUGUCUUAAAUUGUGAGAAAACUGGUUUCAGGUAUUUAAGUUAAAUUGAAUAAUAAAAUAAUUGAAGAUAUUUCUCCUAAUGUGCCUUCUUACAUAUGUGUUUAGGGGAGAGUAUUUAGAAAAAUUUGUCACAUCUUCAUUCUUGUUCUAUUUUGAUUGUUUCUAAUUAAUUUGGUUACUUGAUACAGUGUCUUGUUCAACAGACCUUAAAACUUUUAUUUGAUAACCUGGAAAUGCUUGUCUGGGUCAAAACCAACCAUAUAAUGAAGCACUGUAUUCAGUAAUUUAGGUUGUCUCAUGCCUUUAACUCACAUCGAAACUUAUUCACAGGUUCCAAAUUUCCUUGAACAUCUCAAUUCUUAUUUUUAAUAGGAGGCUAUUAUGCUGCCACUGGUCAAUGGCUUGCUGUCUUUCACUAAGUUAAACUACAGCAGACUGCUGCUAACUGAUGAGAUACAUAUGCUUGUAUUGAUGAACUUCAUUCUUCAUUUUAAUUACUGUGCCAAUGAAAUUGUUGCCAUUGUAACUUUCCCCCUUGGACAAGGAGGCAUCUUUGCAGGUUUUAAGGUACCUUUCUCCAAAUAAUUUUUAUUGCAUAGGUUGCUUGUAUUCCUUUUUAAAACGUUGUCAUGUGCUUAGUUGUCUCUGCAUUAUAUGGCAUUAUUGCCUGGCAGCAAGGGACAGGCAGAUAAUAUAAUGCUUAAGUGACUUGACAAGGCUUUAUUUGACAGAAGUUUGUUUUCAGCUGUUUCUUGUGAGGAAUUUAUGAUGAUAAAAAGCUUGUCUGUGAAGUAUUCUUUGAUCACAGAAUGAACAUACUGCCUAGUAACUCCAGCAGUGAGAGAAAGCGUAAGUGGCCUUAUGUCUGCGAAACUUGGAACUUUCAUUCCACAUCCCUAGAAACAGCAUUGUUAAGCAUAAGGUGCUUUAGUCAGUGUGUGUAUAUAAAUGUGUGUGUAUAUAUAUCUAUUUAUAUAUAUAUAGGUAUAUAUAUAUAUAUAUAUAUAUAUGAAAGAGUGGUGGCUUUGUGGAGUGUUUUAUACCUGACACACGCUAAUAACUGGGAUAGCUUUUCUAAGAAAAAAUAAAACUGCUUUAGAUAGCCUUCCCCUCCUCCUGCCCCCUCAGUUAGGCUACAAAGAUAUCUUGUGUGUGAAUGGCACUGAUGGUACCCUGGUUCCCCUUGGACAAUACAGUGUUGUCCUGUUUACAGGAUGUCUUAGCACUAUCUUCGAUCAGCUCUGCCUGUCUCUGCAUUGUAUCACUGGGCACAUUCUGCAUUGUACACAACAAAUAACGUGUCGACACAGUUUAAUAUUUGGGAGAAGGGGGAGUACUGAAUGUAGUAUUUAAUGUGGAAAAGCUACUGCUUUUUUAGAAGCUGCUGCUCUCAAAGGUUUAAACAUUCCACACACUUUCAAUUUAUCAGUAUGAUCAUAGACUCAUAGAAUACCAGGUUGGAGGGGACCUCAAGGAUGACCUGGUCCAACAUUUCCUGUCAAUAGCAUGGUCCAGACAAGGUAGCCCAGCACCCUGACCAACCAAGUUUUUAAAGUGGCUGGGGAAUCCAACACUUCCCUGGGGAGAUUGUUCCAAUGGCAUUAUUCCAGUGUCCAACUAGAAUAUCACAAAGUAAUUUGCACACAUGAGCCCUCAUCUUUUCCAUGUGACUCCUUGUAAAAAGGGAGUCUCUUCUUUGUAGGUACUCAAUAAAAAUUGGAAUAUGGUGAUAAAAUCUCCUGUAAGCCUUCUUUUCUCAAGGCUGAACCAACCCAGUUCUCUGCCUUUCCUCAUAUGUCAGGCUUCCCAGGCCUUUGAUUAUCCCUCUGGCCCUUCUCUGGACCCUCUCCAGCCUGUCCAUGGUUUUGUGGGUUUUUUUGCAUAGCAGGGACCAAAGCUGAACACAGAGAACCCAGGUGUGGCUUGACAAGUGCUGAGUGAGAUAAUGAUGAUUUUAUCUCUGCUGGUGAUGCUCUCUGCUAGUGAUGAAGUCCGUUAUUUAUUUCAAUUAUCUCAUUGGCUUUCUUUGCCAUAACAGCACACUGCUCACUCACAUCAAGCUGCUUGUUCACCAGGACCCCCAGAUCCCUUUCCACAGAGCUGCUCCUCGGACAGGUCCAUCCCAGCCUGUGCUGCACUCCUGGAUUAUGUUUCGCCAAGUGCAAGAUCUUACCCUUGUCCAUGUUGAACUUCUUAAGGCUUUCUGUAUACCCUAUCAAUGUCCUUUUAGUUCUCAAUAUGUAUUUUUCUGCUUUUCCAUCUCUGGUACACUUCUCUUCUGGCUUUGAGCAGACUCAGAGGUUCACAGUUAAGCCAAGGAGGUGUCUUUCUCUGCCUCUUUCCUGACCUUAAAGGUGAUAAACUGUUUCAGUGUUUCCAGGAGACUUGGUGAAAAACUCCCAGCACCUACUAGCUUCUUUAUCCUCCAUGGCAUCCCUUCCAAAUGGGCUCUGAGCAUAAUGAAGUUUGCUCUUCUAAAUCUAAAAUGUUUAUUUUAACACUGACCUUCAGCGUGCUCAGCAGGAUCCCACUGCUGUGAUCAUGGCAGCCAAGGCUAUCACUGAUUGGGAUUUUACAAAGCUGGCUUCCUUGGCUUGUGAGUAGUAAGUCCAGCACUGCCUCAUUCUUGAUUGGCGCAUCUAACAUCUGUAUUCCAAAUAUGUCCUUCACGUGUUCCAGGAACUUGAUGGAUAACACGUGGCCUGCUGUAUUGUUCUUCCAACAAGUGUCUAGGUAGCCAAAAUCGCCCAUAGAAUGAGGUUCUGUUGACCCAAAGCUUUCUUAAGUGACCCAAGUAUUGUUUAAUUGGUGUUACUUCCUUGGUUUGAAGGUCAGUAGCAGAUGCCUACUUGGAGAUUCCCCUUGGAGAUGACCCCUUUGGCCUUGACUCAGGCCUUCCAUAGAGCUUCUGCAAUCUCUUGGUGAUCAUCAGUACACAUACACUGGAGGUGGUUGGUCUUCUAGCUCUCAUCUUGGGAAGCAGCUAAGGAACGUUUGUCACUGCUCAGGUUGGCCUGACAUUCCCCAGAUGAAAAAAUAUUGUUUUAAUUCAAAACCCAGAGCUAUAUUUCAGGAAAAAAACUUCCAAAUAAUUAUUUUCUUUAAUUUUCUGGGUAAUUUUGAGUUUAUGAAACUAAGCUGUGUGCUGUGGCUAGCCAUGAUUUGCUGGUGACAUUUUUUUGAAGAAACCAAUGAUUUAACCAGUUUUGAACACCCAACAUGGUUCUGGUUUUGCCUAAAGUAGCUUUCUGUUUUUGAAGUACACUGUUUUGAUUUUGAGAAAGGGAAUAGUGUUUCCCUCUCAACAUAUUGUAUAUUGAUAUUUAUUUUGCUUACAAUUUGUAUUUGAAUUCUGUUGUGGGGGGCACAUAUAUAAUGCCAUUUGAGCAGAAAUGAAUGGAGUCUAAGUUCUAAGAACUUUAAGAAGUGAUGUAAUUGUUGUUUUCUGUUUUAAUGUAUGUAUUUCAUGCACCAGGCAUAUUCUAAUAAUGCCUUGCCUGCAUUAAAUCUAAGUAUUUAUAUAAUAAGCAUAUUAAACCCCUUGUUUUUGUGCACAGCCAUCCAACAUCACACAUGUAUAAUUCCAGAUAAAUAGACACAAUAAUAUUGCUUGGUGUAGUGCAUUGUGGAUUAAUCAGUUAGCCCCCUCCCUCCCCCCGCCCCCCAAUAAGUAUGUGACUCUAGUAAGACCUAGAAAUGCAAUUGUGAACAUGAGAAUUCUUUUCAGUCGCUCUUCUGUUUCUGUAAAUAGGUGUUUUCAUCACGUGUACUUCAGUUAAGGGGAAAAAUGUGGAGAUUAGGUCACAGUUGUCAUCCUAACAACCAAUCUAAUUCCUAGCAAUUUGAGAGAAAAUGAAAUUCUAAAUACUUUCAUAAAUUAUGAUGGAUUAUUACAUACAUAAAAAUGCUAAAGCGUAAGUUUUUUUCAGAGUUACCAGAAUUUAACAUACAAUUGCAUCAGCAUAUUGAUAGGAUACCUUUUGAACUAUUACUUCUUUUUAGUCUCUAGAUUGGGAGCAGCCCAAGGUGGAAAGACUAUUUAAAUCCUCAGCUGCUGCUUCAGAAGGAAUAAAUGUUAUUUGAGUACAAAUGAAUUUAACAGAGCUGAACAUUUGUAUUGGGCUAAAGGUCAAAUAUUUGGUCACAUGUUGGUCACCACCAUCAAAACCUUUAAGGUCAGUGGGAAAAGUAUUCUGUACUGUUACAGCAGCAAAAUCUUCAUCUGGGUUGCAUUAAUUUGCAUAUGUAACUGCACAUAAUUUUGGGUAAAUGAAGUUAUCAUAGAAAGUAGAAUUCAACCUGACUACAUACUUUUGAUAUCCUAAAACUGUGACAGGUUAUGUCUUGACAGCAUGCUGUUUCUGCUGUUUCCCACAGUUGUGCCUGAAGUUACACAUGAAAUUCAGUUUGUGCAUUAAUUCUAAAUGUAAUCACAAGGACAUCUCAAAGCCUGCAAAGAUGUGUUACUGCUUAGGGUAUUCUCCCAGUGUAGCAGGUAUAAAAACAAUUAUGCUCUAAAACAACGAUCUAAAGAAGUAUUUUCUUUCAGGAACAGACUUUUUUUCACUUCUAAUUGUUCAUCUUGUAGUUACUGAAGACUUUAGGAAGUUACUGCAUGAAUCCUACCAGGAUUUGACAGUUGUUGAAGGGAAUGGAUAGUACAUCCUUUUGUGCUCCUUCUGUGGACUGGAAAACACCAACUGUAAGGCAAAUACUGAAGAGUCAUUUUCAAUAAAAUAAACAAUACUUGUUUAAUACAAAUGGUAUUCCUUUUGAUUUGAGACCUAAAUUUCGAGGUUUACUUGAGAUAUUUAGUAUCAACACUGUAAAAUCCAUUCUGGAUUAUCCAUCAAUAUAAGGUGUAUGGGAGCUAAAAAUCUAAAACUUUUAGAAUUAUUUGGCUAGAGGCUUUACUUGUUUGAAAUGUGCCUAGAUUUUAUACAGAGAAUGAAGUUCUGAAGGUCCUUAAUAUUUUGGGUGUUUUAGAGGAUAAUCAAGUAUCUAUGUAAGUAAACUUUUGACUGUGACAAUGUAUGGAAUAGCACACAAUUCUUCAGAAGUGCUUACAGAAACCACUAAGAAUGAAUACCUGUUUUACAGUUAGAGAAAGGCUACAGUAUUUAACAUCUGUAUUGAUAACUUCAACACUUGUACUAUAAGCUUUACAAAUAUAAGUAUUCUAACCAUUUGGAUUUAGCUGAGCAAAUAAGAGGAGAGGAAAAUGGGAAUUUGAAAAUCUUUAGAAAUAACAAAGGUAAAAAUACUCAUCAGUCCACUGACAAACUUGUGUUCCUUCAGUACAGCUUUUCAUCAAGCAUGACUUAAACUAUAGAACAUUGUUGGUAUCUCACCAUAAACUGUCUUGUUGAUAGAAUGCAUUCUUCAAACUUGUAUUAGAAAUAGAUGUUCAUAUGUUCACUUUAUGAAGUUACGUAAGCUAAGUUGUUGUGACCUAGGCAUUGUUAUGAAGCUCAAAGAUAGCAACAACAGUGAUGGAGAAGAGUGAUUUAACAUUUGGUUGAUUUAUGCUUUAUACAGGACUAUAUCAUAGUGUGCAAAAGGUACUUGUUUUGAGUUGUGGAUGUACUGCAUGCUCAUGUAAUAGUUUAGCUCCAGUUAAAAAAGGGGUGGCAUUUAAGCUGUAAAUACUGUAUACUACUAUAUUUCAUUUUUUAAACAACUUUUUUAUUUCCCUGUUUGUGUACAGUUCUCUAUGUACAUGUAAAAAAACCUUAAAACAAACAAACCACAACAUUUUGAGAUACUUUUGUAGUUAUCUUUUGCAUUUUAAUUGUGUUAACAAUCAAAAUAUGUGCAUUCAGCUGUCUCUUCAGUUUGAAGUUUUCAUUGCAUGUUUUCAGGUUCUUUGUAAAACAGCAAUAACAGUUGCACAAUUAUUUAAAGUAAAACAUUCUUCUGCACAGUUUCCACUUCCAUUCUUUAGAAUGCAGACACAGUGGAGCACUUGUCCAGUUCUAAGAUUUAAAGAAUCUAAGUAGUUAUUUAUUUCUCUUUUCUUUUUAGUGGUAGGAAAUGUCUCAUAGUAGCUUGUAAACAGAAUUUGCAAGUUAAACAUGAUUUCUCGUGCUCAUUAUUUGACUAAAAUUUUCUGUUAGAAUAUUUUCAUAAACUUUCUGUAGCUUAUUGCAUGUUCUUCUAAGUAAUGACAAAGCUAUGUGUCAACCUCUGUAUGAAGUACCCUGAUAACACAAGUUUUGCAUUUUGUGAAUCUGGUUGAAAUAUACAGAUGUACACAUAAAAUAAAGCUGAAAUUAGUAAUUAAAUGUA